CGCAGUGAGGCGUUAGGCGCGGAGGUAUUGACUCUCGAAAACUGCUGUGGAUUCUUAUCUAAAAUGGCCCGGGGUAUGCUAGCAGGAGACCGUUCGAAGCUGUAUGAGAACAUAGACUUUUUAGGUGAAGGUCAGUUUGCUACAGUUUACAAAGCUCGAGAUCUUCAGCACGAUGGCAGAAUAGUAGCAGUGAAAAAGAUAAAGCUUGGGCAUAGAUCCGAAGCACAGGAUGGCAUAAACAGGACGGCUCUCAGAGAAAUCAAAUUGCUCCAAGAACUUAGGCAUGAAAAUAUAAUUGGACUUCUUGACUGUUUUGGUCAGCGAUCCAACAUCAGCCUUGUGUUUGACUUCAUGGAGACGGACCUAGAGGUUAUCAUAAAGGAAAAUAGCUUGGUAUUGACCCCCGCCCACAUCAAGGCCUAUACGAUGAUGGCAUUAAGAGGUCUAGAGUAUCUCCAUUCCAAUUGGAUCUUACAUAGGGAUAUGAAGCCCAACAAUUUACUGCUUGAUGAGGGCGGGGUGCUGAAGAUUGGUGAUUUUGGUCUUGCAAAGUUUUAUGGCAGUCCCAACAGGAUAUACACACAUCAAGUCGUAACGAGGUGGUACAGAUGUCCAGAGCUGUUGUUUGGGGCGAGGAUCUACGGCACGGGGGUGGACAUGUGGGCCAUGGGGUGCAUCCUAGCAGAACUGCUCCUUCGGGUUCCCUUCUUCCCCGGAGAAUCGGAUCUGGACCAGUUGAGCAGGAUCUUCCAGACGAUAGGGACGCCAUCAGAAGAAGAAUGGCCGAACAUGUCAGCCCUGGCAGACUAUAUUGAGUUCAAGAAGUUUCCUGGUACUCCUCUGCGGGAUAUCUUUACUGCCGCUACCGAUGACCUCUUGACCCUUCUCAAAGGGCUCCUUCUCAUGGACCCUUGCAGGCGAUGCAAAGCCACUGAGGCUCUUAAGAUGCCCUACUUCUAUAACAAGCCAGCCCCGACACCAGGCCACCUCCUACCUAGGCCAGGAAUGCUAGCCCCAGUGGACAACAGCAAGCCACAAACCAAGCUCGGUAGCAAAAGAAAGAUGGCCGAUGAUAUAGGAACAGGGUCAACUGCAAAGAAACUUGUCUUCUGAUGGAACUAAACCAAGACCUACGCGGAGGCAGGGGAAGUAACGCUUUGAGCAGUGGUUUCGUCGUAGGCACUUGGCGUAGCGCCGAAUACACCUGAAGUCGUCCGUUGUGCAGCGGCCGCAGUCCGGCUCCUCCGCGAUGAACUGACACGCUAAACAGGACGUGUGCUGGCACUGGCCUUGACAGCUCUGAGGGACAUCUGCGUUAUCUCUAAAAUGGACGAAAGAAAUCAAGCAGAGAAAAGUGCAAUCAGAAGAUGUUAUCAUUUCAUGUUGACAUGAACGAAUUGUACAAGUGUCUAAU